UCAUCGCCAUCUUGAAUUUCACGUGUGUKCAAAGUUAAAGACUCSAUAUCUUUACUUUAAAAACAAUUUGUGUUAAUUCAUACGGUUAAGUAGAUGAAGUAAUAUUUUACAAGAUGUCUUUUACAAAUCGUGCAUCACAAAGUUUCAUGACGCAUGCUAGACUAUGGUAUAUGAUCGAUGCYAAGGACCAAGUUUGUGGACGACUAGCUGGAUACAUUGGACAAGUCCUUCAAGGCAAAACCAAGCCGAUAUAUAACCAUUCUAUUGAUGUAGGAGACUAUGUAGUAGUAGUGAACACUAAACAAAUUGUACUGUCRGGYAGAAAAUGGCAAAACAAGUUAUAUCGACAUCACACAGGGUACCCAGGUGGUCUGAAAGAAAUCAGAGCCAAGGACUUACAUAAUAAGGAUGCUACCAGAAUCCUCUGGAGAGCAGUUUAUGGAAUGCUACCCAAGAACAAUYUAAGACCAAUAUGGAUGAAGAGAUUGUAUUUGUUUGAAGAUGAAAAUCACCCAUAUGCUGAGAACAUUUUUGCAAAGUUAGAAUCCCCAGCUUCAAUUUCUAAAAGGCUUAAUGAAUACAGCAUUGAUGAGAUAGCAAACUACCCAAAACUGCUUUAAAAACUCACAUCAUACUGACAUUGCAAAGGUUGCUCAUUGUUUGCAUCAAUGCCGAGACAGUAGAAAUAGCCUCGAAACAAUGAUUUGUAAAAAUAACUAAAAUUYAACCAAUUCAGUUUGAUAAAAUUAUUUAAAAGGCCAAUCACACCGUAUGAUUUUUGCAUGCGAAUUGUAGUAUAUGACUCAAAUUAGCUCCAAAAUCCUAGAGAUGUCACAGAAAAGUCGUAUGCAACAACCAUAACAUGUAAAUCUGCCUUUAGUGUUAAGUUAGUCUUCAAGUUUUCAGUGUAGAACACAKGUCCUGUGAAUAUUUUUCUUGGUUGCCAUUGUUGAAACAGGUUUUUUUGUUAAUGACACAGUCUGAUUUUAGAAGUGCCAGGGUCCAGUGCUAAAGCGUUCCUCAUCAUUGUUGGACCCAGGCCCCUAAAGAAAUCAGACUGGUUGACUACAAUGGAUAAGUUUUAUUACUAGAGAUGUGAAAAARAUAAAUCAAGAAAUUGCUUUAUUAUCAUUGAA